UCAACAAGAAAGAAACCGGAAGCAGAGAAGGCGAUAGUGUACUCUUCCUACGGUGGCCUAAAGGAACAGCGAAGUAGGCGUAGGGGAAUUUAUCGUAGUCUCACAGUCGCUAUGUCUUUUAAGAGGGAAGGGGACGACUGGAGUCAACUCAAUGUGCUCAAAAAACGGAGAGUUGGGGACUUGCUGGCUAGUUACAUCCCUGAGGAUGAGGCGCUGAUGCUGCGGGAUGGACGCUUCGCUUGUGCCAUCUGUCCCCAUCGACCAGUACUAGACACGCUGGCCAUGUUGACAGCCCACCGUGCAGGCAAGAAGCACCUGUCCAGUCUGAAGCUUUUCUAUGGCAAAAAGCAGGCAGGCAAGGGAACAGAGCAGAAUCCAAGACAGCAGAACGACUUGAAGGCAGAAAGCAGAACCGAGGCUCCUUUGCUAACCCAGACUCGAAUCAUCACCCAGAAUGCUCUACACAGAGCUCCCCACUAUAACAGUUGCUGCCGGAGGAAGCACAGACCAGCAGCCCCUGCUCCCUCUGUCUCCAGUCCUCCUUUGCCAACUCCAGAGGUCCAACUCCAGAGUGCAGAGAUCAGUAAGGAACCUGAGCCUAGGGAGAGAUCGGAUGCUAAAGAGUCAGCAGCUCUCUUGGCCUCCGCACCCAUGAGCCCCACUAAGCGACGAGUCCUGAACCAUUACCUUACCCUCCGAAGCUCUGGAUGGGUUCCAGAUGGACGAGGUCGAUGGAUAAAGGAUGAAAAUGUUGAGUUUGACUCUGAUGAGGAAGAGCCCCCUGAUCUCCCCUUGGACUAACAAUAAUAACCCCUUUCCCCAUUUGUCCUACAAAUAAACCACGGUGGGUCCUGGGAGCACACUG